GCCAGUAAAACUGGAGAAGAGUUCUGAGGGCCACCCAGAGAGGCAUGGAGGGCAAAAUGUAUUGGUUACAUUGGUGGCCUUACCUUUCCAGGCUCAAUUUAAAGGUGCUGUGUUGAGUCUUUAGAGCCCUGGAUGAUUUGGGACCUUGUGAUCUGAAGGACUCUGUGCACCUGUAUGGAUCUGGCAAUACUGUAAGAUCAGGAGAGGUCCUGCUCUUUGCCCUGGCUGCAAGAACCAUGAGGCUGGCUGGUAGUGGUGGGCAGGGACCUCUCAGUGGUGGUUCCACACCUCUGAAAUGCUAUCUUUGUGGAGAUACAUGUGGCAUUAUUGAUAGAAUAGAACUCUGCUGAAAACAGAGUUCAAGGGGACUUAUUCCCAUGAAAGUCAGUAUAAGGGGAUUAGAGGGAGGGGCUGAAUCACAUUGAGUCAUUUUAUUCUGUUUUAGCGCCAAUUGUAGUUGAGCCAGCAUGCCAUAGCAUGGCUGGAGUGUCGGUCUAGGACAUGGGAGACCAGGGUUCAAAUCCCCACUUGGCCACAUGAAGCUUACUGGGUAACCUUGGGAGCCAGUCUCACUCUCUCAGCCUCACCUACUUUGCAGGGUUGUGUGAGGAUAAAAUGGUGAGGAGGAGAACCAUGUAAGCCACCUUGAGCUCCUUGGAGAAAGAUAGUGGAACAGAAGUGCAAUAAAUAAACAAACAAAUGCUGUCUUAAGCCUUUUGUAACCUAUUUGAGUGGAUGCCUGAGGGGCAGGGCAUAAACCAUCCUAACGAAGUGCAGACAUGCAAAGAAAUGACUCAUCAGCCACAAAGUUUAGAGGGAGUGGAAGGGAGUCAAGUUCCAGCAAGCAAACUGCUAGCUGAGAGAUGGGAGAAUCCACAGGCUCACUUUCCUCCUGAAUCUAACUUCCUACUGGAUCAGAAGACCGGAGGGACUAAGCAGAACAGCUCCUUUGUAGGUUCGGUGAAGAGGAGGGUCUGUUUCCGGUCUGGCUGCCAGGGGAAAUUGUGCAGCCGGACAGCAUGGCUUCAAGGAUGGCGCCUCUGCUGGGCCUGUUCCUCCUCGCCAUCUCCACCACCAGCGUCUCCCACGCUCAAAGCUCAAAGGCCUUCCAGCGGAAGCACGUCACGUUCCUGGAUCACAUAGACCACAACCAAUGCAACAGUGAGAUGCGGAACAAGCGGAUCUCUCAGACAGAGAGCGGGUGCAAGCAUCUCAACACUUUCAUCCAUGCUCCUGAGCAAGUUGUCGACCAAGCGUGCACAGCGGGGGAGCCAUACGUGAUCCGGAACAAGGAAUACAAAAAGAGCCCCAAAAAGUUCCGCAUCACAAACUGCAGGCUCUCUCAGGGACACGGGGACGACUGCGAAUACGUGGCGGAAGCCAGCAGCUUGAGAUACAUUGUUGUGGCUUGCGACCAAAACGGCCGGCCGGUCCAUCUGGAGAGGACGCUCACCGAUGCAGCUGCCGGAAAGCCAGACGACAAGCAGCCGAGUUUGAACCCAACCAAGAAACCGUCUAAUUCUGCAAGUGUAAUAAGCGCCCAUUGGGUUCGAGGGCAGGGAAGUUGGUGCAUGAGGCGUUUGGGGGGAGUGCUGCUGUUUCUUUCCCUUGUCCUCUUCUGGUGCCUUUAAGAAGGAAAUCAUUUGAAGACAAGCUUGUCCCUGCU